CGAAAACGACGCCGAGCAGCAGCAGGAGAGGAGGAGGUGGAGGUGUAGGAGGAGGAGGACAGCAUCACAAAGUUUCAGGCUGCCGCUGAGAACCCGUGGCAUCAGCCCAGAUGUGUUUGGCCUCUUCUGGUGCACGAGAUUUUGCGACCCACCGCCCCAAUUCUCCGCUCCACUGUAAGCUCAAUAAUGUAAUCAGCUGCGCAGACGGCCUUCGCUUCAGCAAGGUGGUAAGCAAAUCCAACCUGCUGUAACUCAUCCAUCCUUGACAUCAUGCCUGCAGAGAAUGUCACUCGAGCCGGUUGUGAACCUCAACUUGAAUGCUCUUCCCUCAACUGACUCUUUCACAAGAGCUAUUUCCUACCUCUUGUUACUUCACCAUCAGGCUUUUUUUUUUUUGUGUGUGGCUCACAUCCCAAAGGGAAAUGGUGAGAAGAACUUCUCUGGACACUUGACGCCUCUGCUCCACUUAUCACUCUUUAUCUUGGUACGCAGUGGGAGAACUUUUUGCAGUCAUUCUGAACAUACCAUUUCCUAUUUUUGCAAGAGAGUGUUAAAACCUUAUUAGUAUUGGUAACCUGGUGUUUAUAAGCUUCUCAACCUAACUGCUUCUCUGUCUUAAUUAGCACGGCAUCAGUUCCCAAAGCAUUGACCUUGUCUUGCAGUGAUUUCCUGUCUUCCCUGAUUAUUGGCCUAAAAAUAUUAUCACCCGUGGGCUAUCAUUACAGAUGGCUUUGCAAUUCCCCUCAUAAAUAUCUGCAUUCAUGCAAAAGUGUGGGGCACGUUGUUUUCAGGCAGUUAUCAGAACACUAUAGGAACACUAUUGUCACUUGAAGUGGCCUUUAGUUUACAACUGAUCUGGAAAUUGCCCGAUUUACCACCCAAUCUUUGGUUUCAAUUCCGAAUCAAAUUAAAAAAAAAACGCCAUAAUCGGUCGCUCAUGAACACCUUCCCUUCCUUCUCCUCACCACCCUCCAAUACACCAACCAUCCAGUCGGUGUGCAAACCCUGCCUCCGGGCCCCGUGGAGAAUGAGCGAUGGGCCCACGCUGGACUACGAGUUGCUGCUGUCCCCAGCCGGCUCUUCCCUCCCCGGCGGCGGCGGAGUCGGCAGCAGCAGUAGCCCGCCGCUGGCCAUGGUCGGGGUGGACGCCGAGCAGCGCACCGCUCUGGCCUUCGUGGGCCUCCUCAUGCUCUUCCUGGUCUUCCUGCUGGUCAGGUGCUUCAGGAUCCUGCUGGACCCCUACAGUCGCAUGCCCGCAUCAUCCUGGACUGACCACAAGGAGGGGCUGGAAAGGGGUCAGUUUGAUUAUGCGUUGGUGUAGGAGGGUUUUAACAAGGGUAAUAUUGCACACGGUUACAAUCUGCCAGAAUUGAGAUCUUCAUGUGGACAAUGAAUCGUAUUGGGAACACUCAAGGAGUUUUUUGGGGUAAAUGUUCACCUGGUUUUUGAUGACCUGUCUUAGUGUAAUUAUGAGGCAUACCAUGACUGCACUCAUGCAGACCAGCAGGACCACAAAAGCCAAAAUAAUGAAGCUGCACAGCUGCCUUAAUCUGACAUGUUGUAGGCCAAUAGCUUGACAGCACACAGCACAACCCAUGAGCAAAGUACCAAUGUACAUACAGUAUGAUUUAAGUUUCAUCAUCACCCAUAUUGGUUUAAAGCAGGGCUUUUCAAGUGUGGGUCAGUGAGAGAAUAUACAGCAAUCAAAUGUUAGUCUUGAAUAAUGCAAUUAAAAACCUAUAUUGCCACAAUAAGGUAACUCUAUAUGACAUUGCAACAGCGUUUUACUGUCACAGUUGGAACUGAUAGUUUUAGGGCCGAUGUCAGUGAUGAUGAAAAAAAGCUGCUUUACGAUACAUCAGCCAAUCCAUAAAUACAUAUCCAUUGAUAAACAGUAUUUUACAUAUCUGCUGUUACAAAUUACAAUCAACGUUGAUAUAGACAAAAUAUUUAUAUACUAUUCAUUCUUGUAUUACUGAAAGUUUGAUUCAAGACAAAGAAGCAGAAGGAGGACUAAUAUAUAAACCAGUGGUCAUUAACCUUUUUUUUUUUGUUUUCACAGACCAGCAAUGAUUGUGGCAGAAAAUUAUAGUAAAUAUGAAAUCGCUCGACGGGCCUGUAAAAAAGCUGUCCAAAGACCUUGCAGCACCCAGCCAACAGCAGCUAACAUUACUGCUUAAAUUGACUGACGCUGGGCUGCUAUAGAUAUGCAAACACCCCAGUAAUGGUGGCAAACCACUAGAAGAGACAGGCAUAUUGAUGUGUCAAGAGGCCCAGGCCAGAUUUCGGUCUUUUAAAAGUUUAUUUAUUAUUUCUCUGCAGCCCGGUAGCUAAUGUGCCACAGACUGGUACCGGUCACCGGCCCGGUGGUUGGGGAUCACUGAUAUAAACUGUAUAAUAAUCUUACAUCAAAUAAAGCUGGACAUUAACUAAGAAUUGCAUAAAUCCAAUGUCAUCUCUCGACAAUUUACACAUAAGGGUUUUAGUCAUUCAUGAAAUUUGAACAAUCACUUCCAUGUCUUUGCCUUUUUCACAAAAUACAUCUUACGCUCUUUUCAAACAUAAAACACUCUAAAUUUCGUGGAGAAAAAAAAAAUUGUAAUGCUCUCCUUGAAGUGCCCUAACAAGAGGAUGUUAUUGUUGCAUUUAAAUCUAAUAUCAUAUUCUUUCACAAAAUUCCAAUUAAU